GGGGCCGCCAUUUUGAUUUUGUCUCAGUCAAUACGGCUUUGGACCUGAGCGACCCGGGACCACAACUCUCGUAUUUCAGAACUUUUAAAAUUUCUUUAAAAAAAUCAACUGUUUCUUGGAUAGUGUUUUUGAUUGAUUUGUAGGUUUAGAACCAGCCCUCUCGGCCCUCUCAGGGGAUCUCUGGAUGUGGAUAGUUUGUACCCAUCAGAUUGCCUAGGCAGAGGACUUUUUAAUUUUCAGCAUUGUUAAACAACAGCUGAAAAUCACUAGAAGCCCAUAAUUCUCUCCCAUUUUUUUUACUGCCCACCAACAACUAAAUGCCCCCAAACACAAGAAGACGCUGAAGAUUUUUUUGGGCUACGCAUCAACCCAACUUUUAACACCAGUAUAAAGUUUUUUUUUUGCUUUUUUCCCUAUUUGUCUGGCUGAUUAAUUCCCCCUAUUUAUUUCCUCAAUUAGUCACUGCAGUUAUUUAUAAAGAAAAAAGGACUUUUGCACCCUCUAUCAGUCCUGUUUAGCAGCCUGGCUGAGAUAAAGAUGUCUCACCUCGUCUGAGACAAGAGAUCACAUAGGAAGACACGUUUUUCUGGGCGACCUACCCCACUUUUCCUCAUAUCUCACGGAUCAAGUGUUCCUUCAGGACUCUAUAUUAUUCCGGAGACACCGUACCAGCAGUGCACUCAAGUGGAAGACGCCAGCAUAGGCACCUCAGGGAGAGUCCUAUCGUUUCAGAAGAGAACCAGCUGCUGGGUCACUGCCGCCUUUUAAGCCACGUUAAGUAUUACUAUGACCAACCAUGGAGAUGACUGCUACUUCUACUACUACUCUACCUGCACUAAAGGUGACAGCUGCCCUUUCCGACACUGUGAGGUUGCCAUGGGCAAUGAGACUGUCUGUAACCUCUGGCAGGAAGGACGCUGUUUCCGUAAUGUCUGCAAGUUUCGCCACAUGGAGAUCACAAAAAACAGAAAGGAAAUUCCUUGUUACUGGGAGAAUCAGCCAGCUGGCUGCCAGAAACCACACUGUGCCUUCUUUCAUGAGAGGGCCCGCUAUGUAGAAGGCAUCUUUGUCCCUCCUGAUAAAGUUCAGAGCAUAAAUGAGGAGCAGGUACAUGAGGAGCCGGCCCCUCCAUCAGCUGCUCCUCCGCCCAAUGCAGCCAAUCCUCAGCUCCGAGGGGUCAUCAAGACUGAAACACAGGAGCCAGUACCAAGUCCAACACAUCCACCGGUAGUGAUUAAUCCGGCAGAUGAUGAUGAGGAUGAAGAAGACCAGUUCUCAGAAGAGGGAGAAGAUGGCAAGGUUGGUCCUUCCCCUAGGAAGAUCACUAAAUCAGGAGACUCGCUGAACUUCGGUGUGAGUACCUUGGAGGAGAUACGGCUUAGGAGGGCCCUGAAGUCCAGCAUGAAGAAGGCAGGUUAUCCUAUCCAGAAUGCUGAAACAUCUAUCAAUGGAGAGAAGGAAAACAUCCAAUCAUUGUAUCGGCCAGCCCGCUCAGAGUCUGGAGGACCUGUCGUUUUUGAAGAACAUGAGAGACCAAGAGGCAGUGUGACUGAAAGGCUUGGACGAAGGAUUCCCAGUGCAGAUUUUAAAAGUAGGGAAGGUAUUACAAUGAAGAAGAGUCUGGCUGAGCGUCUGGGCAGUAUUGUGGAUAAAGAGCAGCCACCAGUCAAUACCCAAAAAGCCCUGCAGCCUAUUAAAGAAAGACUUGGGUUGAUUCCUCCUGUUAGAGCUGCUCAUGCAGCUGAGGCCAAAGCUGAUUCUACUAAAGCUCCUGAACAGAUACGCAUCAAAACUCUAGAGGAGAUCAAACAAGAUAAAGCAGCCAAAACUUUGAGCCAGAAAGAUGCCCCUGUAUAUGUUUCACAAGAGGUCACUAAAACAGAUCUAGCCACUAAGGUGAUCAAGCGAUCCAUUGCUGUAACAGACAACCCAACUGGCCAUGUUAAAACGUUUUCUGAGAUCCUUCGAGCAAAGAAAAGAAAGCAGGAAGAGCAACAGAACCAGAACCCCAACCUGAUGAAGGUUGAGCACUUAGUGGAGAACGCCCCAGGAAAGAGCCCGGGUACAGCAGAAGCUACAAAUGUGGAGAAGGUUAGAGUAAAGACCCUUGAAGAGAUCCGCAGGGAGAAGUCAGCAAGACUACAGGCUCAGCAGACCCUGCAGGCUGAAAGCAAGGAGGGCUCAGAUGCUGAGAACAAUACUCCCAAGAGGCGUCAUCUGUUGCUGACCAAGAAGCUGCCGACCCAAUCAAGCAACAUGACACCAGAGAGGAGUGCUGAGACAGCAGAGAAGUCCCUGAAAACUCCAGCAGCUCCAGCUGAGGCCUCUACCAUCAAGGUCAAGACCUUUGAUGAGAUCAUGCAGGAGAAACGCCUUCGUAAACAGGAAAUGGAAGGGCAGGUGAAAAGUGUAGCUGAAGCCGAUUGCUCUCAGAACCAGUCUGCCAGUGGCGCCCUCAAAAGGAAGGCUCCAGCUAAAAUCUGUCUUGCAUCAUCAGAAUUGUCACUGCCUUCCGCUACCACACCUUCCAGAGUCCCUGUUCGAAAACUAAUUUCCCUCAAACCGCAAGCACCAUCACCUCCCACAAGCACUUCUUCUCCUGGCCCAGCAACCUCGGACACAUUGAAGCAGAGCUCUCCUCAACAGCCUACGUCCCCUGAUAGAUUUAUGGACAUUCUAGACAAGGUCACUAGCAGCCCACUUUCACAGUCAUCAGCCAAGCUAAAGAGAGAAUCUUGUCAGGCUGCAGAAGCCCCGGUACCUGAUAAAUCAGGGGAAUCCAAUCAGACCAAAACUCCUGAUCAUCCAGUCAACUCUAGAGUGAGGCCUAAACUGAACGUGAAACCAUCAGUGGUGAAACCUGCAGGGCAGGUGAAGCCAGGUCAGAAGAAGAGCAGAGCAGAGGGUUCUGGUGUUGCAGCUGUUAAACCCAUGAACACUAAUAAGUCUUCAAACAAAGAGGCUCAACUGACGUCUGCUGUGCCACCAACUCCCACCAGCCAGAGAGAGGAGCUUCACACCGGCCCCGUCUUAACACAGGUUCAGGGCCAAGAUACCAAAACAGCCACCAGUGUUGCUGCUGUCAGAGACACCUGUCCAGUCCUACAAAGUCCAGUCCUUAAAACCCCCAUUCAGUCCAAACCACGGAGAUCAAGUAUAGCAGCAUCCCGCACUGCCUCCACUUCUAAUACUGAUGCGUCUGGUUCUUCUGUGGAUGACUUCGAGGAGCUGAUCAACCAGUUCACUGAUGACCACCUGGAAGAAGACGUGGACCCAGCUAUCGGAGAGGACGACCUGCUGCAGGAACUGUCAGAAAUGAUUGACAGCUGAGAGAAUCAGUCAGCCACUUGCCUCCACUGCAUCUUCAACCUGGUCUCAUCGCUUUACAUUUACACACUGUAUGGAGUGUUUCAAAGAUAUAUUGUAAAGAGCUCAUCUAAUUUUAAGUAUUAUCUUUACAUUUGUUACAUCUUCUCUUAUACACCAUUCUAUUGGAGUUUCUGCCGUGUUUCUUUGGGAGCAUUGCCCAACUUCUUUGCCCCUGACAACUUACAAAAAGGAACACAAGAAAAAGUGUUUGUAGGAGCUGCCGUUUGUCAGGAAUUCGUGGAGGAAAGCAGCAUUUUAGGGAGAAGUCUUAUCUGUAUACUAUGUAUGCAACAGUAAUGGUAUGCUGAAUAUAGAACUAAUGAAUAUACCAGCUCUUCUGGUGGUAUGUGUUUUUCAUGUGUGUAUGUCACUGUGGAUACCAAUGUUGUUUCUCCUGUAUUAUGAGUUCAAGGAUUUCUACCUGUCUUAAGUUCCCUUUGAUCAAAGUUAGCAUCUGAGGGGCUGAUGGUGUAGGGGUUAAGCGCGCGACCAUAUACGGAGGCUACAGUCCUUGAAGCAGCCGUGCCGGGUUCGACACCCGGACCCGGCGACAUUAGCCGAAUGUCUCCCCCUCUCUCUACCCCUCUUUCCUGUCUGCCUACUGUCAAAAAAAAAAAGAAUAAAUAAAGGCCACUAGUGCCAAAAAAAAAAAAAUCUUUAAAGUUAGCAUCUGAGUAGAAGUUUCCUGGGUCUAUCACCUGCCAGUUAUUUUCCAUGGGUGGAUUUGAUCAUGAUGGACGGAGUUGUUUUAUCAUGAACACUUUAAAAAACACCACCCUGGAUCAGAACCUCAGUACUCCGCAUACUUUGAUAAUGAAAAUCUCAGGGAGUCUUUGUGAUGUUUGUAGGUUCUGUAGAGAAAAAGAUAUUUCACACGUUUUUUUUUCUGCUUUUUAGGAUUGAUUGAUAUUUGUUCUGGUAGAUGAUAAACUGGUUUUAUGAUCCUUGUGUGUUUGCUCUUCCAUGUCCCUCGUCAUUAUCUUAAAAUCAUCCGUGUCAAUAAAAAAUACUUUUAAUGACAA